AGCACUCUGGCUGAAGACAGGAGGCAACGCGUGCAUCUCCGAGCGGAGGGAUACCUCAGCGGUCUUAUUUACUCUACGGCUUGUUGUUCAUUUUUUUAAAACCUGCUUUUAUGAUUAACUUGUACGCUCACGUGCGUUAGCCUGUUUCCUCACGACGCCGAAAGCGAGCCACACUUUCGUGUGUUUUCCACAAACCUCUGUUGUUGUUGUGUUUUUUUUUUUUUAUUAUUUUUUGCUUCCCACGGAGGAAAUAAGCGCGUGUUUUGAUCCUUUGCAUACCUGGACUCGCCCCUCAGAAGACGGACAUCGGCUGAACGUUUUUCCCCUCAGGGAUGAGAUCUGGUAUGGCAGUUGCACACUGCAUAGCCCGAGCACUCUGAAGCCAAGGCAGAAGUGGUAUUAAGUCAUGAUGCAGGAGUCGGCCAGUGAGACAAUAAGCAACAGUUCAAUGAGUCAAAAUGGAAUGAGCACCCUAAGCAGCCAAUUAGAUGCUGGCAGUAGAGAUGGAAGAUCAAGCGGUGACACGAGCAGCGAAGUAAGCACAGUCGAGCUGCUGCAUCUGCAACAACAGCAGGCCCUACAAGCAGCAAGGCAAUUACUCUUACAGCAACCAGGCAGUGGCCUGAAGUCUCCAAAGAACAACGACAAACAGCGUCCGCUGCAGGUACCAGUGUCAGUGGCCAUGAUGAGUCCGCAGGUCAUCACUCCCCAGCAGAUGCAGCAAAUCCUCCAGCAGCAGGUUCUCUCCCCUCAGCAGCUCCAGGCCCUUCUACAGCAACAGCAGGCAGUCAUGCUACAGCAGCAACACUUGCAGGAGUUUUACAAGAAGCAGCAGGAGCAACUCCACCUCCAGCUUCUGCAGCAGCAGCACCCCAGCAAACAGGCAAAGGAGCAACAGCAGCAGCAGCAGCAGCAGCAGCAUCAGCAGCAGUUAGCAGCGCAGCAGCUGGUGUUUCAACAGCAGCUCCUGCAGAUGCAGCAGCUCCAGCAGCAGCAGCACCUGCUGAACAUGCAGCGGCAGGGCCUACUCUCUCUGCCCCCGGGCCCAGGACAGCCCACCCUGCCAGGACAGAGCCUACCGCCAGCUGGUCUGAGCCCAGCCGAGCUCCAGCAGUUGUGGAAGGAUGUGACUGGCGGCCACACCAUAGAGGAUAACGGACUGAAGCAUAGCGGCCUGGACCUCAGCACCACCAACUCUUCCUCCACUACCUCCUCCACCACCUCCAAAGCUUCUCCGCCCAUCUCCCACCACCCCAUCUCCAACGGCCAGUCUCCAGCCCUCAACAACCGCAGAGAGAGCUCGUUACAUGAAGAGACUGGAGCGUCACAUUCUCAUUCCCUCUAUGGUCAUGGAGUGUGCAAAUGGCCAGGCUGUGAAAGUGUCUGUGAGGACUUCGGACAGUUUUUGAAGCACCUUAACAGUGAGCAUGCUUUGGACGACAGGAGCACGGCGCAGUGCCGGGUCCAGAUGCAAGUGGUACAGCAGCUAGAGAUACAGCUUUCUAAAGAACGUGAGCGUCUUCAGGCAAUGAUGGCCCACUUGCACAUGCGGCCCUCGGAGCCCAAGCCAUCUCCCAAACCGUUAAAUUUAGUCUCGAGUAUCACCAUGUCGAAGAACCUGCCGUCAGCUUCCCCACCGAACCUGCCCCAGACCCCUACCACCCCCACAGCCCCCGUCACACCAUUGAGCCAGAUGCCCCAGGUCCCCUCAGUCCUCAGCCCCGCCAACGUGCCCAGCAUGGGCGCCAUGCGUAGACGCCACUCUGACAAAUAUUCCAUGCCCUUGUCCUCAGAAAUAGCCCCAAACUAUGAGUUUUAUAAGAACGCUGAUGUCAGACCACCAUUCACGUAUGCAACUCUCAUCAGGCAGGCUAUCAUGGACUCGAAAGACAUGCAGUUAACGCUUAAUGAAAUCUACAGCUGGUUCACACGCACCUUUGCCUACUUCAGACGUAACGCCGCCACUUGGAAGAAUGCAGUGCGCCACAACCUGAGCCUGCACAAGUGUUUUGUGCGAGUGGAAAACGUGAAGGGCGCAGUGUGGACAGUGGACGAGAUGGAGUACCAGAAACGCAGAUCACAGAAGAUAACAGGGAGCCCAACGCUGGUGAAGAACCUGCCAUCCAGUCUGGGUUACGGAGCAGCUCUUAAUGCAAGCUUGCAGGCAGCAUUGGCGGAGACAUCUCUGCCGUUGCUGGGUAAUGCGGCACUGAUGAACAGUAGUGCAUCAGGGUUGAUGGGGGGCAGUCCACCCGGUCUGCUAAGCGGCAGCCCACCCAGCCUCUUACAGAGCAGCACCCACGACGAGCUCAACGGCACGCUCGACCACCUCGACACUAAUGGUCACAGCAGCCCCGGAUACUCCCCACAGACCCAUAUACACGAAAGGUGGCCGAUGCUGCCUCUUCCUUACAUGGCCACUACAUGCCCAAAAUGGAAGAAAUGUGUUUUGCCUCCGGUUCACGUAAAGGAGGAGCCGCUAAACAUGGACGAUGACGACUGUCCGAUGUCAUUGGUGACGACAGCCAACCACAGUCCAGAGCUGGAGGAGGAACGAGAGCUAGAGGAAGGCAACUUAUCGGAGGACCUGGAGUGAUAGUCGUCUCCGCCCACGUUUGCUGGGACUCGCCCCUCUAACCACUCCACAAACCACAGAAAAGCAGCAAAUGGAAGCGAGGAAUAUUUAUUUCGAAUGCACCCGGGAGACUGGCCCAAAGAAACUCUCUCAGCCCUUUGAGGACCACAUAAGAACAGGCAUGAGAUGUCUGCUUUUAAAAAUGACUAGAAAUGAAUUAAAAAAAGAACAAGAUUUCAUUCAGAUGGCAUGGCCACCUCACACCGUGACUCAUGGACAGAAACGAAAAAACAAAAACUUGAGUCUUUACUGUAAGAAAGUUGUUGGCCACAUAUACUGCCAAAAAAGUUUUAAGUUUGUGAAUAUCCAGCCCACAGUAGUCGCUGAUGUUAGAUACAAUUGCUGGUUCAAUUCAAGUUGUUGCUCUGUUAUUAUUUGCACAGGAGUAGUAUCAGAAAUUAGUGUCACUGCCUGUAUGUUGCUAAAAUAAUCAAAAGACAGUAUUUCUUUGUUUCUUUUUCUUUUUUUUCUUUUUUUUUUAACAAAAGCUUAUUUUCUUUUCCGUCACAUUUGCAACACCACCAACUGUAAAUGCCAUUUUUAAAACUCACACCAAUAACAGAACCGCGGUAUCAAGACUGUUGCAGCUGUCCAAAAAAAGUAGGUCUCUCCAGUGUCUCUUUAUCUCUGUUUGUGCUGAAAAGUGAAAUGUGAUUACUGAGUUGAAACGUAAAUGUUUGUGUAAGCACCACGCUGAGGAAAAAAAAAGAUGAAUUUCUGCAUAUUCUUCUACUAGUCUCUUUACCUCCUUGUUCUAAAGCUUUGUCUACCUGCAAAGAGUCACAGGCAACAGCUAUAAACCAAAGCCAACACUAUCAAUGGCCAAUAGCUUAGACAGAAGCCACCAGACUCUUUGGUCAGCCUUCUGUGACUUUAACUAGUACAAAGAGAAGCUUUGUUUUCCGCUAACUACCUUCGAAUAACCUCUGGGAUUGUGUCGUUUAGCCCUGUACAAAGAUUUUAAAGAAGGCGAUUUUGAUGUUUAAUUUGAUUCCAGUUGGGGGAGCUCACAUUGACGAUGUGCGGAGGGUCCGCCGCAAGCCGGGGAACAGGCAGAGAGAGCAGUACACUACAGGCGUGUGGGCUGGCUAGAAGCGGUAGAGAGCAGCUAUAAGUGGAUCAUGACCAAAACAACCAUUUGUGUAUCAGUGGAAGUGCAGAAAAAAAUUGUUGUGAAGAUCUUUUUUUUUUUUUUUUU